CAGCAUGUAUAUCUGCACAUAUUUACAGGCGAAUAUCUAAGUCUGAAAGAAUUACAGCUGUAAUUACUGAUCUGCUUUCUGGGAUAGGGAGCAAGAGAUUCCCGUGUAAGUGCUUGGUUGGCCACCGCCGUUUGGUGGAGGGCGGGCUGAUUUAUUCAUAUACGGAGAGGGUAUACUUCACGUCAGAAGAAUAAAUAUUCGGUUAAAAGGGCUAAAAUUAAAAUUUGGUACAAUCCUGGGAAUUAAUAUGGAAAAAUAUAUUAGUCGGGGAUAUUGCCGAUGGCUUUCCACUGCCCUGCGGAUCUGUACGACCAACCAGUUAGGUUGUUAGCCCGUGGCGCGUGUGCACCGCCGUGCAGCUUGACUUGACUUAUUUUGUUAUUGAAAAUAGCCGUGAGCCCGUUGCUUCUCCCACUUCAGCUAACGCUUCUCACUGCGUCAGACGAGGCGGCAGAAAACGUAUUUGCCAUAUGAUUCGUGUCAUGUUUUAUGGAGCUGGCUAGUUCUGCCGCGCUUUGACGGGAACAGGUCAGGCGCGCGCUCGCGGCGACAUGAUGGCGCACAGCUCGCGCUUCGAGCGGGAGACGGACUGCGAGGUCAGGAGGCUCAUCAAACACAUCAGCGGCAUCCAGGACGAGCAGGACCACAACUUCCAGCUGGCGCUCAAAUUCGCCUGGUCCAACUUCAGGUUUCAUCGCUAUCUCGAUGUCAACAGCCACAAAGUACAACGCAGCAUCAAUGGGAUCUAUGAAAAGCUGAUGGUUAAUUCAGACCUGAAGAAGGCGGAGAGCUGGAUUCGACUGACUGAGGAAUUCUUGAACUCACCUUUAGCCAACACUGAAGGAACUAAGACAGAUGUUCAUCACGGCAUACUGGCCCUGCUUCUCUUCCUCUCAGAUUCCCCUUCCAACUCACAGUAUGAUGAAAGACCCAGAAAAAAGGAGGAAGUAAAGGAAGAUACCUUUGACUGGGGUAAAUAUUUAUUGGAAGGAGAGGAUAUUGACACGGGUCCUUUUCCUGACACACCUGAGUGGUCUGAGGAGGAGAGUGAGGAGGAAGACAGUCAGCAGCCACUUAGCAGGGAAGAUUCUGGUAUACAGGUAGACAGGACACCCCAGGAGGACCCAGAACAUUCCAAGAAGGCUGUGCAGGUGACCUGGAGAGUGGGAGAGCCGGAAUCUCGGGAGUGGCUGGAGCAGCAUGUGGUGACACCGUACUGGAUCGCACAGGCUCAACGCUUCUCUCACAGCCUCCACCUCCACUCCAACCUGCUUAAUGUCUGGGAUCAGCACUUGUACAACACAGAUCCAUUAUACCUGCCUGAAGAGAAAACCUUUGUCACGGAGACUCAAGUGAUACGAGAGACCCUUUGGCUCCUCUCGGGGGUCAAAAAGCUUUUCAUAUUUCAGCACCACGAUGGCAAAAUUUCGGUUAGGCCGGACGUUGUGGUCACUCACCUGACCAGUAACUGCCUACGCUCGGUGCUGGAGCACGUUGCGGCCUAUGGCCAAGCCGUGUCCCGCCUACAGGGCUUUAUUGAUGAGGUGACUGGGUACGGUACCGAGCCGUGUCCCCCUGGUGCCAACUGUCCCUCGAGGAAGGGCUCCGAGCCCCCAUUCCGGACUUACCAGGCUUUCGUGUGGGCACUCUACAAGUACUUCGUCAGCUUCAAAGAGGAACUCACUUCGAUCGAGAAAGGCAUCAUCGUCAGAGAUGAAACGGUGACCUUGUCUGGUGUACUUGAGCGCCUUACCCCACACCUGGCCCAGAUAAAAGUCCUGCACAGGGUCUUCUGCACAGGUGUAGCCGAGGUCCCCCCUGACACACCCAACGUGGUCCGGGCUUCCCACCUGCUGAACACACUCUAUAAGGCCAUCAUCGAGUAUGACAGUGUGGGUGAAGCAUCUGAGCAAGUGGUAGCCCUCCUCUUCUCCUUGUGGGUUGAGACGGUCAGGCCUUACUUGGAGAUUGUGGAUGAGUGGAUCGUUCAUGGUCACCUUUUCGACCCUGCCAAAGAGUUCAUCAUUCAGAGGAAUAAGGAUGUGCCAGUGAACCACAGAGACUUCUGGUACGCUACGUACACCCUGUACAGCGUCUCGGAGACAGUGGAGAAUGAGGAGAAACUGAGUGAUGCAGCCAGCGGUAGCUCAGCCAGCGACCAGGGCUCCAGUAACCGACAGCACACGAUGGUCUCUUUCCUCAAGCCAGUGCUCAAGCAGAUCAUAAUGGCUGGCAAGUCCAUGCAGCUGCUGAAGAACCUGGACUGCAAGGAGGCGGUGCAGCCCGACACUUCUGCCAGAGAUGCGGAACGGAAGAGCCUGUAUGUGCUGUUCUUGGAGUCGGUGCAGUCGCGCCUGCGCUGUGGAGAGGAGUCCCCGGCAGACACUGUUGCUGGGCAACAGAGCACUCGCAGGAGCCUGAUCCGUAUGCAGUCCAUUGUGGCACAGCAUCUGGAAAUGGGAGAUGUUCAUGACCCCCUGCUGGCCAUCAACUUUGCCAGGCUCUAUAUGGAACAGAAUGACUUCCAUGAGAAGUUCUCGGGUGGCGAUGUGAUGGUGGACCGUUCCUCGGAGUCGGUGACAUGCCAGACCUUCGAGUUGACCUUGCGCUCCUGCCUGUAUCCCCACAUCGAGCGACGCUACGUCGAAUGCUGCGGGAAUCUCAUGAGGACGCUCAAGAAAGACUACAGGCUGCUGGAGUAUCUGCAGGCCAUGCGCAACUACUUCCUGCUGGAGGCUGGCGACACCAUGUACGACUUCUACACAGCUAUUUUUGACAAGGUGACGGAGAAGGAGAGCUGGCAGCAGCUGUCCUUCCUCAACGUGCAGCUGCAGGAAGCAGUGGGACAGCGGCGCCCGGAGGACAGUGCUAGGUUGUCAAUAUUUUUGGAAAGCGUUGACCCAGCCAGGAAGAAACAGCCCGUUAAUAACCUUGACGGCCUUACUCUUAGCUACAAGGUCCCAUGGCCUGUUGACAUAGUUAUCAGCUCCGAGUGUCAAAAGAUCUACAACCAAGUCUUCCUGCUGCUUCUGCAGAUCAAGUGGGCCAAGUACAACCUGGACACGCUGAGAUUCAGUGACCUGACGGCGGCUGCUGAGAGACACGACGGAACUUCAGAUGAUGAAAUGACUGCCAAGAAGGCUGUCAGUCAGCAAGUUCACAGAAUGUUCCUGCUCCGGGUUAGACUCAUGCAUUUUGUCAACAGUUUGCACAACUACAUCAUGACUCGGAUACUGCACAGCACUGGCCUAGAGUUCCAGCACCAGGUUCAGGACGCUAAGGACCUGGAUCAGCUCAUCAAGAUCCACUACAGAUACCUCUCCACCAUCCAUGAUCGCUGUCUCCUUAGGGAGAAGGUGAGCUUUGUGAAGGAAGCCAUCAUGAAAGUCCUCAAUCUGGUGCUUAUGUUCUCUGACCGAUGGCAGGCUGGGUUCGGGGCCUUGAAGGUUGAGUCCAUUGACAAGAUGGAGUCUGACUUCAAAAACUGCCACAUGUUCCUGGUAACGAUACUGAACAAGGCUGUCUGCAGGGGCUCUUUCCCCCACUGUCAGAAGCACUCAAAGAACAAGCAGUAAACACUGUGGUAAUGAUGAAUUAAGGAGUCAAACUUGUCAAACUGAUGUCGCAGACUCACCCCCCUCCAUACACUUUAGAUGCCCUUCACCCUCAACAAAUACUGCCCCUCCAUUAACUCAACAGCUAGUUAAACCACAGCUCCAUACAUACCUUCCAGACACUGUACCUUCAUACCCACCAGCAGAAACUGCAAAUGAAACACUCCACCAACUUGAACUACCCUAAUUAAAGGCCACACCUCCUUAAUCACUGCCAGCUGCUUCCUGUUAUUACCCACCUACCACUAAUUGUCCACCAUUACUCACCUCCAUCCAACCUGCAACCCCAACUACCCUGCUCUCUUUUCAACCAUAACCAUUGACUUGCCUUCACCGCUGCCUUUAAUAACAAAUUCCCUCAACAAUGAUGUAACUGAUUUAGCCACAAAUCCUCUAACACUACCUCCACUGGUCUCACCUGAGCCUGCCAUCCACGGUCUCUUGCCUCUGCAACCAGAUCUGCAUAUUUUGAUAGCUUCCGCUCGUAAGCCUCCCCAGUAGCAUCCUCGAACGGUACUGUUAACUCUACAAAGUACACAAUCCGCUCACGCUCUGAAUACAACACCAUGUCCAGACACAAUGAAGUAACUGCAAUGACCUGCGCAACCUGGAGUUGCUUGCCCACAUCAGCCAGUAGCUUUCAGUCCCAUACGUUACCCCACCUACCAGGGCACGUCUGCCCUUGCAUAGUGCUACUCUCUUCUGCUCGCACAAAACCCGUUGCUGCAAACAGGCAAGGAAUUUAUCACCUGCCGCUUGCUCUCAAAAACACCUGCCAAACAUCUAAGAACUCGAUUACAGCGCCAAGUAUAGCGCCUCUGCCCCAAACUAACCUUACACCCCUGACAAAAUGUGCCUCGGCGUCGCCACACCGCUACACAACUUCCAAGAACUAUCACCACCUGCCCAUUGCUUAACACUCUGUGGCGUUGGCAACAGGUCAAAAGUUGCUCCAACAAUGCAAUUAAGGCAACUCGCCUCCAUAGCCCACAUAUUCCGCCAGUGUAAUUUCCUCUUCUUCACACUUUCCCAGUUCGCCCACUGACCCUGCUUAACUAAUACAACCGCCUUUGCAUGCCUUGCCUCCUCUUCUUCCCCCCGGCCCUGCUCAGCGAAUAGUCACCGUUUGCUUCCGGGGCAGCACUCCACAACCGCCGCCUACGGCCCGAGCCAAACCCUGUAUUCCCCCCUGCACGUGUCCAACCACGUCCAACAACAUCAGUGCCCCUUUAGUGCUUUGGACCGCAUCUCUGGGGUUCCACCUCCUACCUGUCCUCACUGACGGCACCACCUUUUUAAUGACCUUAUCUUUUGACUCUGCUAGAGUCAGCUCCAGACCCACCUGCAUACACUUGUACUCUUCUACCAAACACGUCACUGGCAGUGCCAACAUACCCUUACCAUAUAACGCUACACGACUUAAACAGUGUGGCACUCCCAGCCACAUUCUUACUGCGGUACUAAUAACCCGCCUGAGCUUCUCAACCUCCCAAACAGAAAACUCAUAUAACGUAAGUUGCCACCUAACACGUGGCAAGAGCCCGAACUGCAGACACCACAACUUUAACUUACCAAGCAGGAGGGACACAUCAGUGCUCUUUAUACCUUCUACAACCACCUCCCUUAGUGCCACAGUCUGCUCCUUGUCACUCAACACAGAACUAUACCACCUUCCCAAGCUCUUAACUGGCUUCUCCAGAAUAGAUGGAAUUACUUCAUCAAUACAAAACUUCUCCUGCACCGCCUUCCCACCAACAAUCGAGAGACUCCUUGAUUUACUCGGCUUAACCUUCAACUUAUCACUGAGCUUGGACAACAAACGAUGAGUACCAGGAGCUGAAACUGUAACUGUUGUCAUAUCAUCCAUAAAUGCUCUAAUAGGGGUAGGCGCGUCCCAUCCCCCAGCCUCUCACCACCAACAAGCCACUUAAAAGCCCUUAUAAUAACUUCCAUUGCCAUUGUGAAAGCCAGUGGUGAAAUUGUACAUCCAGCCAUGAUUCCAGUCUCCAACCGAUGCCAAGACAUUGUAUAGCCUUCUGUACUAAAACAAAACUGAAUAUCUGCAAAGUAGCUAUUCACCAGCCUUGUAACACUUUUAGGAACCUUAAAAAACCCUGAACGCUUCCCACAGCAAACUGUGCAGGACUGACCCAUAAGCAUUUGCUAAGUUCAAGAAUAUCACACGGAUAUCUCUUUUCUCCUUCUUGGCAGACUGAAUCUGAUGCCAAAACAUCAGC